CUGUCUGCUGCAGCGAGGUGUUCUAGGAAGAAUGCGCACACUGUCAUUAUCAGACCUUGGGUCUAGCACGGCUUACGUAAUGCUGUACUUGUGUUUUCUUUUGCUUGGGCUCAUUUUCACCCCAACUCCCGUUAAAGGUCAUUAUCAGGUAACAAGCUCGCGUCAACCAGUUGUUGCUGCUCAAGGUGAUGAUGUCAUCCUCCAGUGCCUCGUGGAGCCUCCGUUGGACAUGGUGGACAUGACUGUGGAGUGGUCAAGGCCUGACGCCAAACAUCGGCCAAAGGGAAUGGAGUACGUACAUCUUUACCGAGACAACCGUGAGGUUCUGGACAUGAAGAGCUCGUUGUACCACGGGAGGACGGCAUUCGCAGGCGGCCUCAGACACGGGAACAUGUCCCUCAUCAUCACCAACGUCACGACUGCGGACGGAGGGACGUACAAAUGCUUCGUCCCAAAGCUACAUGGCAACACCAAAUCCUCAAUUGUUCACCUUAUUAUUGAUCAAAACUCUAAUCUCAAACCACCUAAAACCAUUACUUCAGAGACACGACUCCAUCCCGAAGCAAAGAGGCAGAGUGUUCUGAACGUGCACAUGAUGAGCCAAACCGGGUUUGGGUCCUGUUCCAGAAGCUUUGCUCCACUUAUUGUUAUCUGCAUCUUGUUCAUCUUCAACACUUGAGUUGCAGGAUACUUACUCAUAGUUUGAGUUAUGUGCCAUACUCAUACAAUGUGCCAAUGGCACAUAUUGUAUGAAUAUGUGCCAUACUCAUACAAUGAGCUAAGCACAUUCUGAAUGUGCUUAGCUCAUUGAGCUAAGCACAUUCUGAAUGUGCUUAGCUCAUUGAUUGCUAAUGGAAUAUAAUUUAAGCUUGUAAUUUAAGGGAACAUUUGUGAUUGUAUAAAACGCCGUUUAACUGUUAAGGCUUUAGGACAUUGCUUUAGCAAAGAAAAAUAGAACAAUGUUGUUUAUUGCAAUACGGAGAUAAAGCGCUCUCCUUAGCAAUCAUGCAACAAUCAAACAUGAGAAAUACUUGUGAUUUGCACUCAUAUGCCCAAACUGAUUUGAAUUUCAUAAUGUCUAUUUUUAAAGUCUGUAGCAACAGUCACAGAAAUGCCCUUUAGCCCACAUGAUGUGGUCAGAUUAUUUUUUUUUUGCUGGAAUGCUCUUAGAGCCGUUGGAACUCCACAUCUAAAACUAAAUAGAAGAAUUAUUUUUCCAAGUUUUCAGUUUAAAAAUGUGUCCAUAAAAAUGUUGCCAUUUUCUUUAAGGCAUUUUGUUUUUAUUUUCUGCCGUUAUUUUCUUCUGCUGUUGAACUUUGUCACACUUUCUCAUUUCAUAAGCUGAGGCACAAGACUGCAUGACUACAGCGUGGUUGCAUGACUUGGCUUUAUUCUUAGUUUUUUUGACAAUGUUUCUUCAGAACAAGUUGAUUACGAUGUCAUGAGACAUCGCCAUCAAAAGUGGUACUUUUGUUUCAGUUUGGCCUGGAGGGACUUUUCCAGUCUUGUGCUGCCAGAAAGCUUUCCCUAAUAAAACCUUGGGACUGACUUCAGCAUGUUGUCCUCAGCGGGUUUUAAAUAAAGGUACACAUUUGUUCAAACCAUA